GUAAUUAAGGGACCAAGGUCACUUAUUCAGCAGUCAUCAAUAAAACUUUAAUCUUUAUGGUUUCAGAUAGACACAUGAAGCCAGGUCACUAACGGGAACAACAGGCAUUUGAAGCAGAGUUUUGCACUGGAUGCAUCCUGUAAGGACGCAAGAACUAUUUUUGAGGAAAAUCUUUUGAGUUUCACAAUGGCUAACACUGCCAUGCAAUUAGUAGCUUUGAUCGUAUGCAUAAUCGGCAUGGUUGGGACAUUGUCAGCUACUAUUAUGCCCCACUGGAGGAUCACGGCACACAUUGGAGCAAAUGUCGUAACUGCUAUUGUCUACAUGAAAGGGUUGUGGUGGGAAUGUGCCAUGUUCAGUACUGGUGUUUUCCAAUGCGAUACAUAUAACUCUGUCCUAGAACUGCCGGCAGACCUGCAAACUGCUCGUGCCAUGAUGGUCACCUCAGUUUCUGUCUCAUUACUGGCUAUAACAAUUUCUGUGAUUGGCAUGAAAUGCACAGUAUGUGCCAAGGAUUCUCCAAUAAAAGACAAGAUUGCUGGCACCGGAGGAGUUUUCUUUAUCAUAGCUGGCCUAGCAGGAUUGGUGCCAGUGGCAUGGACAAUGAAUGGAGUGAUACUGAAUUUCAACAAUCCAUUGAUUCCUGGUGACCUCAAGUUUGAGAUCGGUAGGAGAACUGAGCCCUACAGUAGACGACCAAUGUCCUACCAGAAUCCUGCAGCCAACCGCUCUGCACCUGCUCCAUCGGCUGCAUCUGUUCAGUCAAAAGCAGCAAAAUCGGAAUUCAACUCCUACAAUCUGACUGGUUAUGUGUAGAUUCCAUCUGUGUGUUCAGUGGCAUGUUUGGGGCGCAGUGGAAUUACUUCAUACCAUAAUUAUAAAGAUUGUUCUUUAUGACAGAAUAGCACUGUUUGAGGGAAUAAUUUAUGUAAUUCUGUAGUGAAGCUAUAAGUUUAAAUUUCCUUCCAACCAUCUAGAAUACAUCUGAUUGUGUAAAAUUUCACGAAUAAGAUUUUCAAUCUCACUGCUUUUGAUACUGUAAAAGGUAAUUUACUAGGAUCGCAGUAUAAUUGGUUAAUUAGAAUUAAACAAUGUCAUAGUACUUGUUUCUUCCUUCAGAUCUGGCUUUUACAGCAAAAAUAACCUUAGGGGAGGAAUUGCUGAGUAAACAACACUACAACUUGAACAUCUCAGAAUUAUCUUUACUGUCGAUGAAAAGAUUGUCACAGCUUGACUUUAGUGUCAUUUUUCCACAGGAGAAAAUGGAUUUCAGGUUAUCUUUGUGAAGGCAUUUUAUAGCAGAGCUGGGGUUUUAACAGGGGAAGUGGGAAUUCCGGGCACAACUUUUGAGGACUUACUGAAGAGAUCGAAAGAAAAUUCCAGUGUUGCUGGUGUUACUUGGUCACCAAUCUUGGUGACCUUCCUGGAGGUACCCUGUUAAAGAAGCUGUUUGUGGAAGCAUCAUAUACCAAAGAUGAAGUCUAGACCAAAUAUUCAAAUGGCCGAUGGGGGUGACUCACAGAAUUGUCCUACUGGCAACAAUGCUGCAAGAGAUGGAGGUGUCCUUUGAAAAUGUCUGAAACUUUACAAAAUAUUGGUAACCACAGCUGCCAGACGAUCAUUGUAGAGAGUGACAGGGAUAGAUAAAGGCAGACUCACUGGCCCACAAUCACCGGCUAUCAGGAGGCUGACUCCAGGGAUCUGUAGGAAAUUUCCCACAGCCUGGGUCCUAGUACCAUUAAUACUAUCACAGCAGCACCCCAGACUCGUCAUUUGUAGCUUCCUGUGUCUCUGGUGGGUGCAGUCAGAGGUGGAAACACAAUGGGUGAACGACCCAGGUUACUCAGCACAUGCUCCCUCAAACAUGUAUUAUUCCAAAGCCACUUCAGUGUGGAUUGUAGGAUACCGCCCAUUGAGUCCAAUUCACAAUAGUUAUGACAAUAUAUGCAUUUGGAAGUAAAAAGUCAGCAUUGUGUCGUAACAGCACCCGUCAUCCUCAAAGACAGUGAACAGAAUUCAACCCAGUUUACACAGGUUAGGGAAGUUACAGCUUUCUGCUCCACAGGUGAAAGUGAGGGGCAACCCUCAGAGGAUUAUGGGCGUUAGUCCCAAGCCACAGAACACAUUACA